AGCCAUUUUGGCUCAAGCUGCCCCGUCAGUCAGACCAGGCCGCCGACCCCCGCCGGCGCCUGCCCCGCUUCCCACUGCAGCCAUGGCCCGCGCCGCCGUCUUCGUCGCUCUGCUGGCCCUCCUCGACGGCGACCCGGCCGAGGCGAGCCGCAUCAGGGCGAACGCCACCCGCGCGGACACGAGGUUCACGAUCAACGACCAGGUCUUCGUGAACGGCGCGAAGUUCGGGGAGAGCAGCGGCCUGGACAGCCUGGUGGGCUGCCACGAACACGCGGGCACCAGCGAGUUCAAGGUGUGCGGCUGCGGCGUCAAGGUGAUGCCGAGCCUGCUGACGGAGUGCCAAGAGUAUAAGCAGUACUCUGAGACGGUUGGCAAGUGCGAUUGUAGUUUGAGUGAGUGCGACGAGAAGGUGCUCACGUCUGGCUACUCGACGGAUUUCGAGUGGAAGGCUAACUCAUUUUUCAUUGCCGCCUGCUGAGGACACCAGCAUGGGGGCCAUCUCCCUCCGGAGGGUAGAGAGAGACUGAGACCCAGCGCGAGAGAACACAUCGAAGACAAGGCA